AUGUCGUUGCCAUCCCACUACUUGCUGCUGUUGUUCUUCCUCUUGACUUUGUCCUUGUCGCAAGGUCAGGCCAUGGAGGAAGACUCUGCCGGCCAACGUUGCCUUGACGCUCCUCCUACGUUAGAGCUCAGUGACGGCCGCACGUUGGCGUACUGCGAGUUUGGUGCCAGUGCCGAGGAAGCCACUGCCGUGGUGUUGCAUUGCAACGGUUCCGGUGGAUCCCGACUCGAAUGGCCGGGCAAUGAAGAACUGUUGAAGGAAUUGGGCAUUCGCUUUAUCACGGUGGAUCGUCCCGGGCAUGGGUUUUCGGAUCCCGUGCCCGAUGGUCGCACACUGCUGGACUGGCCUCGCACGGAUGUGACGCAACUACUGGAUCACAUUAGUGUAGACCAAUUCUACAUUGAAGGUUGGUCGGCCGGGGGAAGUUACGCAUUGGCAGUGGCACACGAAUUUGGAAACUCGGGACGUGUGUUGGGUGGCGCCAUUCUCAGUGGCAUUGGACCGUUCGAUCGUCCCAAUCCUUUUGAAGGAAUGGACGAACCGCAAAUUCGAAUGUGGAUGGAAUGGGCCCGCGAUCAAAAUGAAACGGCCAUUUUGGAAUUCAGAGGACAACUCGCUCCCUUCUUGCAGGCGUCCAAUGCCUCCCAGAUUGGAAUGUUGUUGGGAUCGGGUGGUGUGGGAUUGGACGACCUGGAAGUUGCACGACGUCCCGAUCUUCAGACUCUCAUGGGGGGCAACAUUAAAGAGGGCUACCGUCAGGGGGCACCCGGUCCGGCACAAGACGAUCUCGUCAUCAACCGUCCCUGGGAGUUUCGACUCCAAGAUAUCAACCCCAUGGUCCACAUUGAUGUCUGGCAGGGAGAAAUUGACCAGAAUGUACCGCUCAAUCAAGGUGUCUAUCAACAUUCCAUCUUGCCAAACAGUACCCUGCACAUCCUCAAUGAUACGGCACAUUUGUUUCCACUUGUACAGUGGGAGGAAAUUCUCGUCAAGCUUGUUGCCCCAUCCUCUGCUCUCAGCACUGACAUAACUCAGGACGCAGACGAAGGAGAAGCCACCGCCCCAGCAAGCGACAACGAUGAAGUUGCCAAUGGAGGAAAUUUAAAUGCCAGUGCCAGUAGUGGUAGCAGGCCCUCACUUUUUGGACUAUCCAGGCGUUUUGGACGGUUCGUGUGGAAGUACAAUUUGGUCUUGCUCCUCUUGGGAUUGUUGAUUCCGGUGCUUCUCUAG